AUGGAACCCCAUUCUUUUGCAGAGGCAGUACUUGAUCCUCAUUGGAAAGAAGCCAUGGAUUCGGAACUACAGGCUUUAGAGUCCAACCACACUUGGACCAUCACCACUCUUCCUCCUGGCAAAGAACCCAUUGGUUGCAAAUGGGUCUAUAAAAUCAAGCAUCACUCCGACGGAUCCAUCGAGCGUUAUAAGGCUCGUUUGGUGGCUAAAGGGUACACCCAGACAGAGGGCAUUGACUAUCACGACACUUUCUCUCCUACAGCAAAAAUGGUCACUGUUCGGUGCAUUCUUGCUCUUGCCGCUGCCCAAAAUUGGUCACUUCACCAACUUGACGUGCACAAUGCUUUUCUUCAUGGGAUCUCCAUGAGGAAAUCUAUAUGUCUCUACCUCCUGGCAUCUCGACAGUGGUUUGCAAAGUUUUCAGAAGCCAUACAAGUUGCAGGCUACACCCAAUCCAAAGCUGAUUAUUCACUCUUCACUUGCAAAAAUGGGAAGUCUUUUACAGCUCUCUUAAUUUAUGUCGAUGACAUUCUGAUUACAGGAAAUAAUGUAGCUGCGAUUAAUUCUCUCAAACAGUUUUUGCACACUCGAUUCCGAAUCAAAGACCUUGGUGAUUUGAAGUAUUUUUUAGGGAUUGAAGUGUCCCGUUCCAAUCAAGGUAUAUGCAUCUCCUAG